AUGGCCGAAGCUUUCGGCAUCGCUGGCAGCGCUUUUGGAACAGUGUCCUUGGGAAUCCAACUGUUCACUGAGAUAUCAAGGUAUCUCGAUAGUGUUGAGGGCCGGGACGGAGAUCUCGAGCGCGCGAAGAAUUAUGCGCGGGACUUUCAAUCAUCCUUAGUCGCACUGAGGACAUGGGCUUCUAACACGGGUUUUAGCGACACCGACCUUGAAAGAGCGAUCAGCCAAGGCCAGGCCAAUUGUGCGGGCGCCAUCAAGAAUUUGUCAGCGACGGUUGCAGAAUUGAAAGGCCAGGACCCUAUCCCUAACAGUCGCACUUCAAAGGCCAAGGCACUCUAUGUUAAACUAAAAUAUCCAUUCAAGAAGCAAAAUGUGGAGAACUUGGAGAAGCAAUUAUUUAAUACAAUCAGCGUUCUAAAGUUCGCUUUGCUUAUUUUGCAAGUAAAGACUAGCACCAGUACUCAAAUAUCUAUUCAAGGUAUAGAACAGACGGUGCUCAAUAUACUAAAUCGACUUCCCGAGCCUGCUAGGGAUGGAAACGUCGCCGAAACAGCUCCCGAGCCCGCCAUAUGCUUGCGAGAUUCGACGUCUAACACGCCUGUGUCCGGACUUGGGGCAACAAGAUACCAAAAUGGGACAAUGUGGGCGAUAAAUUCCGUCUGCAUCUGCCGAAAGAAAUAUAAACGGCGCGAACGGCGACAGUGGGGUCCUUUCAUCCUCGAAAAUGAAAUCAGCUUCGCAGACUAUCAUUCACCUGGAUGCCCGCUUUCAACGCAUAAACCCCUAAAACAACAAACAAAGGGCACAUUGACAUUCCCUAUCCCUUUUACCAGAGGUCGCUGGAGAAACGCCAGCCAAUUUUCGCUAUUCUUUAAAGCAGGUACCGGUGGCAUGGGUUUCGGUCAAAAUCUCGCCUGGGUUGAAACAGUCGACAGAGACCAGUCUCCAUCGUUCAAGAUUUCAGAGCUGGCGUUUAUUCAUCGAGACAGUCUUAACGAUGAAGACUAUGAGGUAUUCUUACUGUCGUGUUACAGGCGAAUCAAGUGGUGUUUUGCCAACAGAAGAGCGUCAAUUACCGAUGUGGACCAAUUUGGUCGAUCGAUCGUCGAUUAUGGAACAUCAGGGAUCAUAUUAAUCUGGGGAAAACCCUGUUUUCCUGCCGAAGCUUUACAGUGGUUCUGUAUGCUGUCGCCUUUCAUUAAUCCAACCACAUAUCAACAAUCAACAACAAAGUAUGGUGACUCUGCAGGCCAAGAUUGCAAGUCUCCAUUCCCUUGGGGCGGCGUUCGGGGGCAGUUUGACUUGGUUAAGCGUUUCCCGCAAAUAUCCAAUUAUCUCGAAUUUGGUCAGCUCAGCAGGCUCAUCCUCAUGGAAGACCAGGGUAGGGUUGAAGACUUUCUGCGAAGGUAUCCAUCAUCUAUGAAUGAAGUCAAUUAUCUUGGUCAGACGCCUGUACACAUUACGGUUCAGACUCAGAAUGCGACCAUCUUGAGCGUGCUUGUCAGUCAUGCAGAUCCAAAGCUGCUAAACACUAAAGAUAAUGACGGCUUCUACGCAAUCGAUCAUGCUAUCGACGCAUUAUGUCAUUCUCUGAAGCCUGGAAAAGAACCAGGAUCGACAGUAUGUAACGGCUGCGAAGUUCUCAACGUGCUACUACGUUCUGAAUCGGCGAUCUUUACAAAGUCUGUCCGACUAGCUAUGCAGCUACCGCGUUAUCACACCAUACCCGUCUGCCUAGAGGGCCAAAAGAACAUCAUCCGGAGUCUAGCGUCCCGAAGGAAGGAACUGAAAACACUAGCACAGCGCGAGCUGACUCCAGCAGAAAGACAAGACUUGAAAUUCUGCGAACCCGGUAUACUAGAUCAGAACGCGGUCCAGACUCAACAGUUCCUGGAGGCAAAUAAAUGCCAUGUCCCGAUUCAUUUGAAGGUGUACGACAAUGAUGACAGCCCUAAGGAUUCUGAAUCAAUUUAUCUGCUUAUCUGCCACGGCGACGUUGCUGAGUCUGCCCUGCAAGAUGGCUUCCUUAUGCCAAUAACCUUAUUUGAUGACGUCUUUCGCUCGCUAGCGCAAUGGCUGGACUCUAAUCAUUCUCACCGUCGGCGGUGGCAGGACUUCUUGUUCUCAUCAUACAUUUGUUGGUUGGUUGAUCAUGGGGGAGACCUCCGCUCCACAGUCCAGACUCCUUGGGGCCGUACAACAGCAGCGCACUACUUCAUGGCCUAUCUCAGCACGAAUCAAAACUCUUUUAACAUUGGAUGUGAUGGCAAUGAAACCAACGCCAUUUCUCCAUUGUCGACAGCAGAUCGCCUCGAAAUUGAAGAGGAAGACAGCUCGCGACUGGAGCUACUUGAAAAACUCGUCACGGAAUUUGAAAGGGAGCGUGGUAACUAUGCUGAUCUGCUGUCCUUUGCACGAGAAUAUUGGGCUCCAAGGAUGGAGACUGUUUAUGAAGAGAUCGAGUCAUAUGUUCUGACGGAGACUCAGCGACAGGAAGCCGAGGAAGCUGGAGUUGUCUGGGAAUGUUAUGGUCCGCAACUUGCUGAGAACGAAGAGGAGACUUCCUCCCCUCAGUAUCUCAACUCAGAGAAAGCGCCUCUUAUCUUGACUCCUCUGUCGCAAAGAGUACAAUAUCGCCCUGAUCAUCCACAGCAGCUCGGCCACUUCAGGACUAUCCGCAAUUCCGAUACUCCUACAGCCCGAAACUCGGGGGUAUUCCCAAGACUUCUUUUCAAGAAGCGGCUGUUCGGCGAUGCGCCCAAGUUCAACAGCCUGAGAAGUGAGUGUGCUCAGCCCUCUGACAUCUUCGCACUAACCAAAGUCGCUCCUCUCUAG